AUGUCCAAUUCACAAGCAUCGCCCGACUUUGACGAGUUCUUUUCUGAAAACAAUUUCUACUCAGCACCCACCAACAAUAGCUCCAAUCAUAUCAAUAAACUUCGAAGUUCAAUUCAAAUACCAAACUCUAUAAGCUCAAGAAGUAUCAAGGAUGGGUUAAGAGUGGAUAACGAGGCGUUGACUCAAAAACUACCUCAGUCCACCAGUCGAACUUCAAUCAUCAAAUCUUCGCCUAGUUUGAAAGCCUUGGAGAGCAUUUUAAAUGAAAAGAGUAAAAAAUGGUCACCUCCUACGCUAGCCGAGCAAGUCACUGAAGAAGAAGAGGAAAAUGAAGGAGAGGAAUCUGGUGUUGAUGAUAAUGAAGAGGAUGAUGAACUGGAGCACGCACAACACACAGAUCCCUUGGAUAUCAGAAGCAAGUACAAUCUCCUGGAAAAGCGCCCUCAAAAGAUGACUUCGCCAGCUAGUUUCAAGAAACACAAUGCUACCCUGGAGACAGUCAAUUCCAUGCAAUCCUUUGAGACCGCAGAGGAAUCAAUCAGAGACGACCAUCAUAUUUCCACCACUAGGCAUAGUGAUAAGCGUUCGUCGAAAGUCUCACACAAUGCCAAGUCAUCAAUUUCAACCAUUAGCGGGAGUGGGUAUAGCACUGACGAUACACCUAUUUUGGGUCAACCACCUACAUUUCAAAAUUUCACUCCACACAAUUUUGAGUCUCCUCAGUUAAAGGUCAUCGAGACAGGUGCUCGACGAGGACUGGGAUCCAAAGACGACACGUUGAUAAAUGAUACCACAGAGUCACAUAUGAAUGAUAUCACCGAGGAGACUGUCAGUGUCGACUUGCCGCCUUCAACCGAGCACACAAUUUCUCAAUAUGCCGGAAACGAGGCUAAGGAGAGAAAUAAAAAACACCAACAUAAAUUUUCAGACACCAGGGAUAACAAGUUUGAUAAAUUGUCCUCCAACUCAUUUACAACCGCAAAUUCACACACUGCUGCAAGCGGAGAUCUAUAUCAUCACCAACCCAAUACCAAUAGUGGUCAAAGUUUCAAAAGCUCGUUUGCUCCGUUAUCCAAGCCGGCGAUUCCACCACAAAAUAAUAAUAAUAAUAAUAAUAAUAAUAGUCAGCAAAAGAAAUUUUCAGCACCAGCUUACAGCAGCACAAGAAAUCAGGAUUCAAGUUCUACAAAAUUGGAACAUCGGGACUUGGACCCUACUAUGAAGUAUGAGUCCUACAAUAACAGCAAAACCAAUUCAAAAGAGUUAAACAAAGGCGAUACUACCAAAUCAACUAGCAUGUUGUCUGUCUUGAGUCCAACAGAGCAAGUCUUAAAUAAGGAAAGAAAGAAGAGUGCUAUACCCAAGCAAAACCAACAAGACUUAGAACCUCAAAUGCCUAGUUCACCACAAAGACCAUCGCGUAUGCGUUCAAACUCCACUUUUUCAUUGAAUUUUGCAAAGAAAGCAUCUCGUGAUGAUAGCAAGUUACAGUUACUGCACAAGAGAAGUUCAACAAUGGACGAAUUGAAUAACGUAUCUCAUUCCAAUGGAAAGGAAGCUGCAGCCGAGAAAAAGAAGUUCAGCUUCAAAUCACUUUUCAAAUCAAAGUCCAAGAGUCAUGAUUUGAGUAAAUCACAAGAAACUGCGGAUGCACGUGCACCCAAACCAGCAGGAAAGUCGUAUUCAACAACCAAUAUUCCAUUGUAUAAAGAAGAGCCAUCCACUACAAAGAAUCAAAGUAGCACAGACUUACUGCUUCCGCCUUUGACAAAGACUAAAUCUAACAUCUCCAUAAUGAGUGUGUUUAAGAAGAACAAGUCAUUUGAUCAAUUGAAUACCUUGGGCAAGAAGAAGACCGGGGAGUCAGAUAUUUCAGACGGGAAGGAUAAACCUGAGGGCAAGGUCCAUUCAGAAGACAGGUCCAACGCGAAAGAAUCCGCAGUUGAUCGUGCCCAAAAGCAAGAUCCUGUUGAUGACUUGUAUGACUCGCCAGUGUUGCUUGAUGAAAGGUUUGGACCACCACAACCGGGUAAUACACAGAUUGCAAGACCUGGAUCCAUAAACUUUAUCCGCGAAGUUAGUGAUAGUAAUGUCGCAUUUGACUCAACAAAUCGUCCUGCUGAAAGCAGUGAUGAUAGUUUAGAUAAGUUUGAAGAUGCCGAUGAGGUUGUGGAGGAUAAUGAAGAUGAUAAUGACGAAGACGGCGAUUACGAUGGUGCUGAUAACUUGUCAUUCGACCCAUCUGUGGAUGAAAAAUUUGAUGUGUAUGACUUCGAAAAUUUACUGGCAAAUCCUCCUGUGCAAAGAAUGCCAAAUCACCAACAAGGCGAGGAGAUUACGUUGAUUCCACCUUUAAUCAAGGAUACCCAAUUUGGGUCGCCUUUCAAGGUGGAUUAUAAAAGCUCGCCUGAGAGCAAGAGACCUACUCAAGUGUUGGAUCGCAAUGCAUCAUUUGCUAACUCAAACGACAACAGAAGAUUUCCAACAUCGUUUUCACCUUCCAACUCACCUGUUCCAAAUAGAUACCCUAGUCGCAAGGAGGACAAGAGCCAUCAAUUGUUGGGAGAGGCAUUGUUCCCGAGAUCGCUCAGUGCGCAUGAGGUUGAAAGUAUAGUGUCGUUGGAGAGGUCUAGAUCCUUGAAGUCAAUUAAAUCGAAUAAGCGGAGCUCGUUUGUCAACUACGACGGAAGUGAUGAUAAUAUUGUGCACUACAGUGGUCCUACUUUGUCACCUCAUAGCACGAGUGGGAUUACCAGAUCAAGUUCAAUAUUGAAAAAUUCUGCAAGUAAAACUAGCAACUUGAAUAAGGAAAUCGAGCCUAACUCGAUUGAUGCAUACGUGUUGGAUCAUGUUUAUGACGAGGGAGUACCAAACUCGAGUUCGUUAUAUUCGCAACCAUCAGGCGGCUCAUUUCUCAAAUCGCAAUCUCCGUCGUCUCCACGUGUUGAUGAGAAUUCGUUACAGAACUUGUUGGAUAACUCAGAAUAUAACGAGUUUUUGGAGUUUAGUGACUUUAUUGAUGUUGAUAACUUGAAUUUUAACUAUUCUCCGUCAGUUAGGGCCGGGUCAGCGUCGGCAAGUCCACGCCCAGAAGCCAUGAGCUCAAAAUAUGAUGUCAAUGAAAGGUUGAGAAAUGAAGCAAGCUCGAAUGUCCUAGGCGAAGGAAUGGUUGAUGACGGUUCGAAGGUGAAUACUCCAGGCAUUCACGUUGAUGUGGAUUCUGAUGAUACUGACAAAGAGGAGGCGAAUAUCAGUAGGACAUUAUCUCCACCCGUUUUGCAAAUUGACACAGUUGAGUUUCCCAACAGCGGGACUAGCCAUGCCUCGCCAAUUCCUAUUGUUGCAGAAUCGAGGACUCAUUCUCCUUCUCCACUUUCCAUGAAUACUGCCGAAUCUCCCAAAACCAGCGUCGAGGUUGUUGAUGGGUUUGAAAAUUAUAGAAAAUUUAAUGAAGAGACUUUGCCAGCUGCACAUGAUGAUACAACUUUGGAUGUCAGCGAGGAUGAUGAUCAUGCCACUGGGAGUGGUGGAGCGUUAUUAAAUACCGAAUCACAUCGCGGAGAGGCGAAUCACCGCUCAGUGCAUGAAGCAGAAAAAGAAGCUGACAGUGACGGGGUUGAUGACGAGACAGAAGUGAUAAAAAGCUCACCAAUUUUGGACAGUGCAUAUAGGAGCACGAAAAAGGGAAGAUCCAACAAUAAGAAUAGACCCAUCUCCAUGUCAUUUAAGGGGUUGGACAAGCCUUCGUUUUCGGGUAAAAUUGCGCAACAUGAUUUGAGAAGCAGCGAUUCCCAUCAAUCGUUUACGAUAUCAUUCCACGAUGACCUGUCUUCGGUUGGAGGAGGAUUUGGAACAAGCAGCGAUGAAGAGGAGGAAGAGGAGGAGGAAGAGGAAGAGGAAGAGGAACCUACGAUACGUGGUAAUGUAGGAUUGGGCUUGAUUGAUGGCGAACAAAGUCAAGAGUACAGUGAACAUGAAAAGGAGAAUCUAAUACCACAUAAUGGAGGUGCUCAAGGUGGAAUUAGGCAGCAACAUAAGCAACAAGAGAAGAUUCAAGUGGCGUCGCAACAAUAUUCCGGUCAAACUAGAAAUACAACACCACCAUCAAAGUCAAGGUCUAAGUUUGGCACUGAGAACAACAAUCAGAACAAAUCAAUUGAACUAUCCAAUGCGUCGAAUUCACCUGAUUUCACAUUACCGUUGCCGCCGCCUCCAUUUGGCACCAAGUUUAGUCACAAUAAAAUUCCAUCCAUUUCAGAUCAAUCGUCGGCGGGCUCAUCUCCAAGGUCAUUCACAUCAAUGUUGAGUAGGUGGAAACGAGGAGGAAACAACAGCAACACUAGUAACAAUGCAAACACGGAGAGUGCUUUCAAUAUCUUGGCACCUCGCGUUGCACCUCCGCCUCCGGUUCCUGCUAAACAAUCUGGUGUCCGAUUCAGUUCCAGAAUUAUUCUUUAUGAUACAUACAAUGAUGAGGAGUAUGAUCGACAUCCUGACACUGCCACUUGUAAUCAAUUGACUCCGUUAUUGGCACAGCAGAUUAAGGAGGAGAUGAAUAUGAUUAAGAGUGAAAUGGAAGUUCACGUGGAGAGUCGUUGUUAUACGCAAUUCUUUUAG